UAAACAUACUUCAAAAUGGAGACAGGCUUCUAAAUAUGUGUUUGUUAACAUGACUGAAACGUUAAAGAAGGAUAUAACACAAAACUGCUGCAAAACUAUGGAAUCAAUCUAAUAAAAAGUUCAAAGCAAACGAAAAGGUGAUUUGAAAUAUAUGAACAUGUACAAUGUUUUGAUGAUGAAUGAGACAAUAUUUUUCACACCACCUGCUCCUUACCAAAAAGCGAUCAUACUGCUGAUUUCAUCUGCUAUAGCAAUAUCAAACACUCUAAUCAUCUAUGUUGUGAUCAGAACAAGGCCGUUGUGGACUUCAGCAGGAGUGUUCAUGUUAGGACAGGCCUUAACAGAUAGCAGUGUAGGCUUCAUGUACCUGGGAUUUUAUGAGAGUAUCCACAGAGGCAGCCUAAAUGGAACAAUCUGCCAAACAAUGGCGUACUUAUUAUCCGCAACUGUACUGUGCAGAUUGUUGUUUUUAACUGCAAUGAGCAUUGAUAAGUUAUUUACCAUUAAAUACCCAUUUCAGUAUCCCCCAAAGGCGACAACAAAGCGUGUGAUUUUAGCGACUGUUAUCUUAUGUUUGUUAGCUUAUGCAGUCUGCAUUCCCAUUGCCGUAUCUGAGUAUGAGUAUAGAACUGGAGCAUUCCUUUGUGAAGUGAAAUGGCGAUCAACAUCCUUGUAUCCGUACAUUUUACAAAGCAUCAUCUACAUUUUCAUCACCACAAUGACUGGUGCUCAUGUCAACAUCUUCGUGAUUGCUCGACGUCACCAAAAAAAUAUCAAUAAAAUAGGAAUAAAAAAACAAAAAGAUACCAAGGAAUCUAAAGGGAACAAACCAUGGGUGAGAAACAGUUUCAAAUCUGAACUGAAAGCUAUCAAGAUGAUAAUCCUACUGGUUGGGGUGCUAUAUGUGUGCUGGUUGAUGUACAUUGGGGGUAUAGUGAUAUACCAAUCAACUACAGGCAAUAUACAUUAUCCAUUGCUUCAUUUUGCAGCAAUAUGGCUUGGACUCUUCUACAUGUGUAUUAUAAUUCUUCUCUACUCUUCAACAAAUAAACUCUUUCGUUUAGGAUUCAUGAAGUAUGUACUAUGUAGACAAUCAACUAAUGAUCCUGAUUUAGUAAUGUCAAUGACAAUGUGAUAACAAGGCACUAACAUACAAAAUGUCAUCACCUGCCAUUUGUUACCGAUGCCAAACACCAACAGCUGAACACAAGCUGCUGAACUCAAACCACCAAACACCAACCACUGAAUACCAUCCACAAAAAAGUUGGAGACUAACAAUAUGUCACCACUUCUGGUGGUGACAUAAAAUGAUGACACUGUGACAAGGUUGUGAUGACGAGUGACAUAAUCAGUGACGAUCAAAAACUAAUUAUGCAAUUAUUUAGUGAGAAGAAUAUAACUCGUGUGACGCAAAAUCUCUUUGAGAUAAAGCAUUCAUUGUGGGCAACGACACAAAGCAUUAUUGAAGCAGCCUACAAUUAUCAAUCCAGUAAGGUAUCAAUUUCUAUUCAAUCAAUACAAGGAAAUAUAGUUUCAAUAAAUAUUUUCAACAUGAUUACAGCAUCUAUAGAGCAUUGUGCAUAUGAUUGGACUAUUGAAGUGGCUUAACAAAUCAAAAAAGAUAUUCAGCUUCAUUCUGUUUAAAAAAAUUAAAAUACAUGUAGUCCUAC